CAAUCGAACGAACGAUAAAGUUACCCGUAAAAAAGUGAAGAAAAAUCGAACGAUUUACGAACGAACGAUUCCUCGGACGGAAAGAAUGGAGAGGGUCGACGAUAAAAUGUAUAUAUAAAGAAAAAUUACGAGAUGUUUGUAAUUAACGUGGUCCGUGGACGACCGACCGACCACAUGUGUCACAUACGAGUCGCAUCAAAUUCGCGCGAAAUAAUAUCUCUACCCAUCUUUCUCUGGAGUAUCGUGACUUUUGUGUUCUUACUGAAUCUUCAAAUGAAAGUGCGUUCCUUCCUUUCGUGCGAAAUUGUGAAUAAGCGAUCCGAUGAAUGAGUUCUCCUUAUCGAAUUCUUUUCUAUGAUAAAGUGCGCGUGAAAAUAAAAAUCACGAACGAUGGACAAAGAAGCUUGAUAAAUCAAUGUCGAUAAGAGGAGUCACCGUUCUUGAAUGAGAUACAGGUUUGAGAAAAUCGUACAAAAAGAAAAGUCCUUGGCGCGAACUGCGUGGGCGUUGGACGCGCUUGUGAAAGGAAAAUUUAAGGACCUUCUUAUUCUCUUUCUCCUUCGACUCGAUGCUCAAACUUAUGGGGAAAUAAAAUAAACGGUGUUAAAAAAUUCAUCGAUCGAUCCUUGUUCAUAGUCGAUUAGCUUGAAAGCAAGAUUUAACGAAGCAUUUUUGAUUGGCGGGAAAUUCCAAAGAAAAGAAAAGAAAAAAAGAAAAAAAAAUCGUAGGUUCGAUAUAUUCGAUCUCGAGAAAGAUGACCCGAAUUUUUUCCAAAGGGAGACGUUGAGAACGAUCGUACAUUGCAAUUAUGCAAGGAAUGCGGUCGUCGCGGCAUACGAGCAAACGUUUUUGGAGUUGGGCUUUUCUUUUUCAUGGGGUGGAAGAACUCGAGCUCUCUUUUGUUUUCUGUUUUUCUUUCUCCUAAGAGUAUGUUCGUAGGAACACUCAUAAAAUUAUCCUUCGAAGUAAAUUAAAAAUCCCGCCAUUUUCUCCUGGACUUGUAUUUUCGAUGGAUUACAACAUGUAAUUUUAUUUACCGAUCUAUGGUGUGGUUUUAACCGGUGAAUUAAAUGAAAAAAAAAGGUGCCAUUAUCCGACUACUUCAUCGAGAAUAACAGCUUUCAUGGCGUUCCUUCGAAUCGGAAUUAAUUAAAAUUUAUAUUGGAGAAAGAAGAAAAAAACUUAUUUUACAUUGAAGAAAGAGAAGAAAAAAGAAAAAGAGAAUAUUCGUGAGAAUAGUCUCCUUUCACGAGAAAUAUGAAUAUCUUUAUUAAACCUUACGAUAAAAAAAAAAAAGAGCGGUUUAUUACAUUUGUCGUUCCAUAAAACAUGAAAAUAAUGAACGUAAAAAGAUAAAAUAUAAUAUUCACGGAUAAUGAAUGGAUGAAAUGAUUGGUAAGAUACAUAAGACAAACAGACCUAAAAAAGUCAGACAUCGCGUGAACAAAAUCUUCUGUUUGUCGAAUCUCCAAAAAAAAAGAAAAAAGAAAGAAAGAAAAAAAAUGUUUUGCGUAAUAGCUGUUUUCUCUAUCUUUAUAUCAAGACAAAGAAUUGGAUUUAACCAGUUUAGCGUGGAAUAUAUGAGAAUUUCAUUAUCUUAGUACGAGAAAAAUUUGUUGAGAGAUGUUCGACAAGUGGAGCCUAUUGUUUUAAAAUUUUAACGAUUUCGCUUGUCAAGCGAAAAUAAUACUAAUAAAAUAGAGCGAUAUGGCACGUCCAAAAAGAUGGAAAAAGUGCAUGUCGGAAAAUUCAUUGACUUUGCUCACGAUAUUCGGUGUGUGUGCCGGCACUCUAAUCGGUUUCAUCUUAAGGAAUAUCAACAAACCGGAGGGAUGGACAUCUCGUGAGAUAAUGUACAUUCAAUUUCCUGGAGAUCUUUUUCUUAGGAUCCUUAAAGGUCUGAUUUUACCUUUGAUAGUGGCUAGUAUCGUCAGUUCAAUUGGUAGUUUGGACCUAUCUCUCUCAGGAAAGAUCGGUAUGAGAUCGAUUUAUUAUUAUGGAACUACAACGAUUAGUGCUGUAAUUCUUGGCAUAAUUCUUGUCUCCGUGAUAAGACCCGGAGAAAUCAGUGGACAUUUCGAUAGUCAAAAGGAGUUAACUAUCAGAAACGUUACUACCACCGACACGCUAUUAGAUUUAGUUAGGAAUAUAUUUCCGCCGAAUCUUGUUCAGGCCUGUAUUACGCAAUAUCGUACGAUAUUAACGAAGCCUGAAAAUGUGACGGAUGAAAUUCCUGUAGAAAAUUGGGAUAUUUCACACGUAUAUACCGAUGGUACCAAUAUUCUUGGAUUGGUCGUUUUUAGUAUUGUUUUUGGGAUUACACUCGGUAAAAUGGGAGAGUCUGGAAAAGCUUUGUUGGAUUUCUUUACAGCAUUGUCAGAAGCAACAAUGAUUAUCACUAACUGGGUCAUUUGGAUUUCACCGAUUGGCGUUUGCUUUUUGGUUACUUCAAAACUUUUAGAAAUUAAGGAUAUAAGUGCCAUCGUUGGUCAAUUAGGUUUAUAUUUUAUAACAGUAUUAUUGGGACUAUUUCUCCAUGGUUUUGGCACUCUGUCCGUUAUAUACUUUAUUUGUACCAAAGAAUUACCUUUCAAAGUUAUUAAAAAAAUGGGACAAGUAUUAGUUACAGCAUUUGGAACAGCUUCAAGUACUGCUACACUGCCAGUUACUCUGCAGUGCUUGGAUAAUAUGGGAGCAGAUCCUAGGAUAACAAGGUUUGUUGUACCAAUUGGUGCAACUAUCAAUAUGGAUGGGACUGCAUUGUAUGAAGCAGUUGCAGCUAUAUUUAUUGCUCAAGUUAGAGGAGUAUCAUUGACUCUUAGCAGUAUCAUUGGUGUUAGCAUAACUGCAACAGCUGCAAGUAUAGGUGCUGCUGGUAUACCACAAGCUGGUCUUGUUACAAUGGUUAUGGUAUUAGAUACCAUAGGUUUACCCGCAAAAGACGUCACCCUUAUUAUUGCCGUAGAUUGGCUGUUAGAUCGAUUCCGGACUACGAUUAACGUAAUGUGUGAUGCACUCGGUGCUUGUAUAAUCGAACGUAUGAGCAAAGGAGAACUUGAUGUACCUACAUUGAAUCAAACGGAAGAUUCUAUUGAACUUGCUCAAUUGCGUAAAGCAGAAGCAUAAUCUUUUCUUUUUUUUUAUUCUUUGCAUGCUAUUUAAUAGCAUUUAUAUGAUAUUAUAUUAUAUCGCACACUUGAACUGUGUGUCUUUAGAGAUUUAUACAUUUUUAUAUUAUUUAAUAUAAAAAUUGUUUACAAACUAAGAAGUUUGUAGCAGAAUUUUGUGAAUAUCAUUUUUAAUAUAUGUACAUACAAAUGAAAUACAAAUCUAUAACAUAGCCAA